UUCCAUAAUUUCAUUUCAUAAUUUCAACAUCAUCAUAUAAAUUUACAUAUAUAUUAUAUACAUAUAUUCACCCUACUUAAUAUGUUCCAAGACAACUUAUUCAUGUCAGAAUCUGAUCUUUCAUUUCUUGAUUCGAUCCAAAACCAUCUUCUCUACGAUUCCCAAAUCUCCGAUAUUUUUCCGACGACAAGCAGCAGUGACGUCAUGGCCAAGAACAAUAAUAAUACUCCGGUUGUCAAACUUGAAACAAGUACAGAAGAAGAAAACCAAGAAAAAAAUUCUACUCAUAGUGUGGUAGCGCGUGAGGUCCACGCGCCACAGGAGUUUAGGAAGUUCCGCGGUGUGAGAAGGCGGCCGUGGGGGAAGUACGCGGCGGAAAUAAGAGAUCCGGCGAAGCGUGGAGCUCGAGUUUGGCUUGGAACUUAUGAAACACCUGAAGAUGCGGCAGUUGCUUAUGAUCAAGCGGCUUAUAAAAUUAGAGGGUCAAGAGCUUUGUUGAACUUUCCUCAUUUGAUUGGGACUAAUAUGGCUGAGCCGGUUAGGGUGACUCCGAGGCGGAAAACGGUGGUGGAUGGUGGUUCGCCGCCGUCUUCGUCGUCGGAAGAUGGCGGUGUAAAGAGGUCAAGGGGAAGUAGUAGUAGUGGUGGGAGUAGUAUGGUGGAUGAUGAUCAUUACUACUAUAGGCCUUACUAAUUAAUUAAUAAUUGGUUAUUAAUUUGAUUCAUCAUUUAAUUAAUUAAUCAUCAUUUAAUUUGAUUUAUUCAAUUCAAUUCAAUUCUUUUGAUUAAGAAGAAGAGAAAUUUGAUUUUUCCUUCUUUCAUGUUUGAUUCAUUGUUAAGUUUUUCUGUAUGUUCACAAUUGUAAUUUCUGAGAUAUAAAUGUAAGUACACUUUUUUAUUUA